CUCUUCGUGACGUCAUGCGUUAUGGGCUCCCUCAUUGGCCAGGGAACUGUUUUGGCAGCGUGCAGCACUGUUUGAAUUCGUGCGUGAUCGAAGACCUCAAAACUACGGUAUUGGUAAAUAAUGCGCUGGUUUUCUGAGUUUUGAUUGCCUGAAAGUUUUAGACCUCGCGAAAUAUAGGCCCCGGAAUAGAGAGAGAAAGUGUCUGACGUCGCGCAGUCGUUUUGCUUUCGAUUUUAAUAGUUUUGUAACGUUAUGUGAACUGGAGAACACGUUUUCCGAUAUUUAACUCUAGCGCUGUUGUUCUGAUAUUGUGUGGCCAUGCGGCGUAAUAAAUCAGCUCGCAGGCGGAAGCCGUCGACCCCCAGGCGCAGAUCUCCUCCAGAGCCGCGGCCAGCACCGUCAACCUCCAGAGCCCGGCGCACCAGCGGACCCUCCGAAGCGUCCCCACGCAAGAAACACAGGUUUCGCCCUGGCACUCGAGCUCUCAUGGAGAUACGCAGAUAUCAGAAGUCUACUGAUCUGUUGCUGCGCAAGGCCCCGUUUUCACGGCUGGUUCGAGAGGUGUGCCAGACAUUUAGUCGAGAACACAUGAUGUGGCAGGGAUAUGCUCUAAUGGCUUUACAGGAGGCUGCAGAAGCAUUCUUGGUCCGUCUGUUUUCUGAUGCUAACCUCUGUGCCAUUCAUGCAAAGAGGGUGACAUUGUUUCCACGAGACAUACAACUCGCCCGGCGAAUCAGAGGUGUUGAAAACAUGUGAAGUUGGAUAUUCUCUCUUUUUCUGUUUCUUUUUUUAAGAUUUAAAGAAUUUCUGUACAGACAGAGAUGUAUGAACACUUUCUAUAUUUGAUGGCAUGUAAUCUGUUUUCAGACCUUCAAUGAAAUGUUCAAACGGUUGCAUAUAUGCAGCCAAAGAAACCAAAUGUUCAUAUGGCAUCGUAGUGCGUUGAUGACGGUAACCAAUUUUUAAGCAUUUUUAGAAUUGUAAUAUAAAACAUUUUAUUUUGUGUUGUAAAGUUGCAAAGGUGAUGUUUGUUCUGAUGAUGUUUGCUGAUAAUAAACCAAUAUUUGCAGUAUUGCAGUUUGUGUUGGCAGCUCUUUGGCCAGUCAACAUCAGAAUGUUUAAGUGUUUUAAUCAGCUUGGUUCUUAAAUUGCAUUAGAAUGAUAAUAUACACUAUUGUCUAUGUUCUUGAUGUUUUUGAACAUGGAUUGCUAACAUCCUGUUAAACUGUGGCAAAUCCUCGCACUCCU